GAAGCAAGACUGCGCAGUGCGUCAGUUUAAUUAUCAACAGUGAUUAAAAAAAUUUUUAAUUUUUUUUUUUUUAAAUACAAUUUUAUAAUUUAGUCCAUUUUAAAUUAAAAUUUUAAUUAAGAAAAAAGAAGGGAAUUUUUUUUACAUUACAGAAAAAUUUAAAAAUGAAAUUACAUAUAUUAUUGUCAUUAAUAUUUAUAUUUGAGCGCACAGUGGAUUCAAAUUUCGUAACAACUGCAAGCUUUCAUUACGACGAAGAUCAAAGAUGGAAUCAUGAUUGGACAAUUGAUAUUUUAAUUGAACGCAAUCUCGUUAGUGUGAAGACUGUUUAUCAUUGUCUAGGCUCGCUGGUACAUGAACGAGCUGUACUUACUAGCGCACAAUGUUUAAAUAGGACAACACCAUUAGCAGAUAAUACGAAAGUAAAAGUAUUCGGUGAUACUUAUUUAGAUAUAGAAACUGGAAUUAAAUUAACAAAUAUACAUCCGAUUAGCAAUGUAAGUUAUCAUGAUUGGCAAAGAGAAUAUGAUGGGAAAAAACUGGACUAUGCGUUAAUAAUUCUUUCCUUGCCAAUAUUUUUUGAUAAUGCACCAAAUUUAAUAAAUUUAGCUAACGAAUCGAUUAUCGAUGAAAUUGAUUUUGAUGAUUGCAUAUUAACUUCUUUUACACGUGACAAGAGAAAACAUGAGGUUCCAGUAAAAUGUGUGUAUACUAAGAAUGGUAAUAAAUUAAAUUGUACGUCGAAGGAUCAAGAUGGCGGAUUCUACGAUUCCGGAAGUCCAAUAAGCUGCCAUUUAAAAGAUGCAUCAGACUUAGUAUUAAUUGGAUUCAUAUCAAAAUAUCGUCGAUAUCCGAACGAUGACGGAUCCAGAACGUUAAUACCUAUAUAUACUUCUAUUAUUCCUGUAGGCAGUACGUUACAUUAUAAUUAUGUUAGACGUUAUAUAGAAAACAAUUAAAUAUAUAUACAUAUACAUAUAAAUAGAAUACUCAAAUUAAUUAAUAGCAUGUUUAAUAUGUUCAUAUAUGACGUUACGAAAAAUCUAUACGAUGUUAUUAGUAUAUAUAAUUAUCUGUGAUCAUAUAUGAGCAUGUAUAAUUAUAUAUUAUCUGUAUAUUUAUUUUCAUGGGAUAUUUAAGUAUAAGAAUUUAUGUACCUUUUAAAUAAAAUGUAAAUUUAUAUAAAUAUAUAUAUAUAUAUAUUAGGGUGUUAUUUUAGGGUAAUUUGGGCCCUAUAAAUUUAUAUUGUCUAUGAAAAUUACUGCCCUAGGUAUGGAAUAUACUAUUAUAUAUAUAUAUGAAAAUUAUUUUUUCAAUUAAAUUUUUUAAAUAUAUGGUUUUAAUAUUUAUUAAUAUGUAAAUUUAAUAUAUAUGUUAUUUUGUGAGAAAUAAUAAAUAAUUUGUUAAUUUA